AUGGCAGCAAGGGGAUAUUAAAAUCAUCAUGAUGACUAGAAUAGCAAUGAAGAAAAUGAUGUUAAUGGUCAAGAUAACCUGAUUGUAGAUGGAUUAUAUCAUCAAGACAAAAGCGGAGCUAAAGGGAGCAUGUUUUAACUAAGCGCAUCAGCAAUCGGUUCAGGCGUUUUGUCACUUCCAUAUAUGAUUGCUUAAAGUGGAUUUAUCCUCGGAUCAUUGAUGAUAAUUAUUGCUUGUAUUGCUGCCAUAAUAAGCUUUUCAAUGCUAGCUACCUGUGCUGAUUAAAUAAAUGCCCCAACUUACACAUACCUUAUUUAAAAAGUAAUAGGUAGAAAUGUCGACAAACAUAUUGUAUGGCUUAUAUUUUUUAGUGCUGUUGGAUUUAGUGUGUCCUACUUGAUUAUCAUUACCGAGAUGAUUUAGGUGCUUGCCAUUAACAUAGAUUUGGAUAAAAGCUAUGUUUAAAGCAGCGAAGUAAAGAUUGCUAUUACGGCAUUUAUUGGACUAUUUAUUUUAUUUCCAACAGGCUCAAUAAGGGAAAUGAGUGGAUUCAGAUAUAUUAGUAUCAUCUCACUUGCUUCUUUAGUUUACAUUAUGCUCAUACUAUUAUUCGAACUACCCUAUUAUGCUAAAUAAAACUUUGAUGCUGAAAAUCUUAACUUUUUCAAAUUUGAUUGGGAUUUUUUCCCAAAUUUUUCAAUAGCAUUUUUUGCUUUUGCAUGUCAUAUUGAUUUUAUCCAAAUAUAUUAUGAGAUGAAUGAGAAAAAUCCAAAAAGAGCUAGUAAACUUGUUUACCGAAGUGUUGCAAUUAACAUAUUGUUCUAUUUAUCUAUAGGUUUAGCUGGAUAUUUUUCAACUUAUGAGAUGACCAAAAAAAUUGUAAUAGACAGAGAACCUUUAAUUGGGCAACAUAUUGAUCUACCUCUAAUGAUUGGUAGAGUUAUGAUCAUUAUUGGGCUUUGUAUAGCAUUCCCCCUAAGAAUGGUUUCUCUUAAGCAAAUUUUUAUUAAACUGAUAUACUCACAAGAGCAUUAAAUGACACAAGGAUAAAGCAUAUCGAUGUCAUUUGGAUUUGUAGUGCUAACUUCAGUAAUAUCUAUAAUUUAUCCAGACAUUACAGGGAUUCUAUCAAUUAUUGGCGGUUUAUGCUCAGUCACAAUGUGUUAUGUAUUACCAACUAUAUGCCACAUAAAAUUAAACAGGCAAGAGCUGAGUAUUUGUAAAAAGUACAGUUUAAUUGUAUUUUUUGGUACUCUAUCUUUGAUUGGAUAUAUCUCUGUAAUAUUAAAGAUUAUUUCAAUCUUCUAAGUUUGA